AUGACUAGCAAUCUCGCAUUGGCUUCCGGCAUGGCCGAAUACCCGUUGUUCGGCGUGUCAUUGUUGAUCAUCGCCUGCAUCACACUUUACGGAGUGUCGUUAUGCUGCAAGCAGCGCAGCUUCCUUCCGCCUGGCCCUAAGCCAUUGCCGAUUGUCGGGAACGUCCACGCCAUGAUCCGCAGGUCGCCCAUGGCAUGCUUCCAGGACUGGCACGAAAGGUUUGGUCCUAUCAUUACGCUCCGCUAUGGGCAACGCCUGGUUGUUAGCAUCAGCUCCUAUCGGGUUGCUCAGGAGUUGCUGGACAAGCGUGGCGUCAUAUACAGCUCCAGACCGCGUUUCAUCAUGGCAUCUGAACGGAUGACAAAUAACAUGAACUUGGCAAUCAUCCCGUACAACAAGCGAUGGCAGAAUCAUAACCGCAUAGCCGCGUCACUACUUGAUGCCGGCGCCGUCAAACGUUAUGCGCCGUUGCAGGACCUCGAGAGCAAUCGGUGUCUGUUCGACCUGCAGCACUCGAACGACUUCUCGAAGAUUUUGGCGCGGUACGCCGCUAGUACUGUUCUUACACUGGGCUACGGGAUACACCUGAGUAGAAGCGACUGCAACGAGCCUGAGGAACUUGAAAAGAUCAAUGCGCAUCCUUUUGAAGCUUUGGGCAGUAUGUAUUGUCGAUUGGUCGAGCUGUUCCCGGUAGUUGACCGGGCCCCGUACGUUCUGGCUCCAUGGAAAUGGCUAGCAGCACACGCACAGCGCGAAACCACAGCUUUACACAUGAAGCACCUUGCCGCCGGCAUGUCAGCAUCCGCCUGGAACUGGGUCCAUGAAGCCAAAGCGUCAAAACUUGGACAGCUUAUGCCAGACGAGGAGCUUGCUUACUUGAUCGGGACACUUCAGCAAGCGGGUUUCGAAGCAAUACUGACCGUAACGCGCCUGCUUGUCAAGGCGAUUGUCUUGCACCCUGAAUGCGCUGAACGAGCACAAGAGGAGCUUGACCACGUCGUGGGAUCAAACCGACUUCCCCGAAUGGAAGACCAGAACCGGCUACCCUAUAUCCAUGCGAUGAUCAACGAGGCGAUGCGCUGGCAGCCUCCAACACCGUUUGCAAUACCGCAUGCCAAUACUCAGGACGACGUGUACAUGGGCUAUGACAUCCCGAAAGGCACCAUGAUUAUUCCCAACAUAUGGGUCAUGGCGUUUGAUGCCAAUGAUUUUCCCGACCCAUACACGUACAAACCUGAGCGAUGGUUGGAUGCGAACAAAGUCCCGCAUAGUUCCUUCGGCUUCGGAAGGAGGGUCUGUCCUGGCAGACACUUGGGAUACAGCAGCACCUUUAUUGUGAUUGCCCGACUGUUGUGGGCUUACACUAUCUCGCACGCGUACAGGGAUGGGAAGAAGGUCGAAAUUGACCCAUGGGAUCUCAAGUUCACCUUCACGGCGGCGUCUAAACCUUUCGACGCCUCGUUUCGAGCGAGAAGCCCUCACCACCAUGUCGCUCUCUGCGGCAAGGGCGGGACACGGGAGGGCGACACCGAGCGCGAAAUCGACCGCAGAUGA